GCCUACAAUACCAUCUCCGUCAACCACAUCAUUCCUCCCUUCUACAACAUGAUCAACCAAAGUCUCAUCGACGAGCCCGUCUUCUCCUUCCGCCUCGGUGGCAGCGAGGCUGACGGUGGUGAAGUCACAUUUGGCGGUAUCGACCACGAGGCCUACACUGGCAAUAUUUCCUACGUCCCUGUAAGCCGUAAGGCAUACUGGGAAGUCAAGCUUGAGAAGGUUGACGACAAGCGGGUAUACAUACCACUAGGUACGGCACUGCGUACAUAUGUACAAGGUCCCCUUAGUGAUUUUAUAAAUUUAAUCCAAAGUGGGCUGGAGGUGGAGGAACAGCAUACUCUGCCGUCUUUGAUCGUUAUAAGCCUAUGGGUCCAGGUGGGCUCAGCAGCAAACUUAUCUAGAGGCAAGAUAUCUGCUCACCACCCAGUGACUGUUGUAUCGACUAGACUUGGGAACGACAGGAAAGGUCUCGGCAGAAAUUAUGACAUGGUAUUAUACGUUCUGUGAGGCUGACAACACCCGCGCGUGAAAGUCAAAUUAAUCCUUGAUGCGUUAAUCUAUGUAUAUUAUUGUGGAC